AUGGCUUUGUUCAAAUCAGCUGUUCAGCGCUUCCGUGUUCCACAUCAGCGAACUUUUGGUCUGUCCGUGGCCGAUGGUCAAAGAAACUUUUCAGAUCAUCGCUAUUCUAACAACAACAGUGAAAAUGAUUUUGCUGAUAGAGAAAGAUCCCGUUCUGUAACCUCAUAUUAUUAUCAGAGUGCCAUUGACCAAGCAGCCAAUAAGCCUUCAGUUAGAUUAACCCCAGCAGCUAUUUUAUAUUCAGGCAAAAGUCAAGACAAGAGUCACAUUUUAAGAAGUGCCCAAUACCUACAUAAAGAAUUACCAGUAAGAAUAGCACAUCGUAUUGCUGGUUUCCGUGGGUUACCAUUUAUUGUUGGUUGUAAUCCUACUAUUUUACAAGUACAUGAACUUUAUAUAAGGGCUUUCCAUAUUUUAUCCGAGUUCCCACAAGUAAGUGACCAAUAUGUUGAAGAAGAUUUUUCAGAAACUUUACGUAAUCUACUAGAUGACCAUAAAGAUGUAGUAACUUUAUUAGCAGAAGGUUUUGCUGAAUGUCGUAAACAUAUUAAGGAUGAAAAUUUGAUCAAAGGAUUUUUAGAUAAGACCUUGACCUCCAGAUUAGGAAUACGGAUGUUAGCUGAACAUCAUUUAGGUCUACAUAUUGAAAAGCCUAACUACGUUGGAAUUGUCAAUGUUGGUUUUUCGCCUCGAAAACUUAUUGAAAAGAAAGCAGAUUUUGUAAGCUCUGUUUGUCAAACCAAAUAUGGUAGCACACCAUUAAUCAAACUAAAUGGCCAUGUUGGAGCUCAGUUUCCCUAUAUCGCUCCACCAUUAGAUUAUAUUCUAACAGAACUAUUGAAGAAUGCCUGCAGAGCAACUGUAGAAUCUCAUGUUGAUAACUCACAAAACUUACCAUCAGUAAAUGUUACUAUUGCUGUUAAUGAUGAAGAUUUUGUCAUCAGAAUAUCUGAUCGUGGCCAUGGUAUACCAAGUAGUGUGGUAAAUAGAGUCUGGGAUUAUAAUUUUACUACGUCUGGUACUAUAUCAGAUGAUCGUUUGGAUGGUGGAUUGUUUGGUCAGGUGAUGAAUUCCUCUCAGAAUAGUGCUAUGCCUGGUAAAAUGCAUGGGUAUGGCUUUGGUCUACCAACUUCAUUAGCUUAUUCUCAGUAUCUUGGAGGAAGUCUGACUUUAGAAACCAUGCCAGGUAUUGGAACAGACGUCUAUUUACGUCUAGCACAUAUUGAUGGGAAGAAAGAGAGUUUCCGUAUCUAUGACAAUAAAUGUCACUGA